CGGUGAAUAGUAGCGCACGGACAGCGCCAGUGACCGGAGCGCUAGGUCACCAGUCGUUACGUUCAGAGUUCUAUAUCAGCGAAGAGAAAUGGAGUUCCUAAGCACUGAGUGCGCCGCUAGAUCGGCGGGUCCAGCGAAUACGCUAAUGUCGCUCCUGCUGCAUACGCUGAUCGCGAAAUACUGUGAUCUGAGUGGCAAGAGUCAGUGGCCGCCCGAUCGCGGCGAUUGGCUAGACAAUGCGGGCGGCUUCGAUGAGCCGUACGAUUUCGUUGUGGUGGGUGCGGGCAGUGCGGGUGCCGUCGUGGCUGGCCGGUUAGCGGAGCAAGCGAAUUGGCGGAUCCUGCUGCUGGAGGCAGGCGGCGAUCCGCCAGUCGAAACGGAAUUCGUCGCCUGGCACAUGGCCACACAGUUCUCCGACUGGGACUGGCAGUACCAUACGCAGCCCAACGGACGAGCCUGCAUGGCCAUGCUCGGCGAGAGCUGCCAUUGGCCGCGAGGCAAGAUGCUGGGCGGCACGAACGGAAUGAACGCGAUGAUCUAUGCACGCGGCACACGCACCGACUUUGAUGACUGGGAGGCGCGCGGCAAUCCCGGCUGGGGCUACGACGCGGUGCUCAAGUACUUCCGUAAAGCGGAGGACCUGCGUUCCACACGGCCCGACUAUAAGCCCGGCGAUCAUGGCGUUGGUGGACCCAUGGGCAUUAAUAACUACGUCUCGGACAAUGAGUUCCGCUCGACCAUCCGGGCGGGCAUGCUGGAGAUGGGCUACGGCAGUGCGCCGGACUUUACGGAGGGCUCGUUUAUCGGUCAAAUCGAUAUACUGGGCACUCAAGACGGCGGGCGUCGCAUUACCACCGCCCGAUCCCACCUCCGCAAGGACACGCCCAAUCUGCACAUUGUGCGCCACGCCCACGUGAAGCGCAUUAACCUGGACGGCAAGCAGAGGGCGGAGAGCGUCACCUUCGUUCAUCGCGGCGAAAAGGAGUACACAGUGCGUGCCAGCAAGGAGAUUAUCCUCUCGGCUGGUGCCAUUGGCACUCCACAGAUUCUAAUGCUCUCAGGCAUUGGCCCAGCCGAGCACCUGAGAAGCAUUGGCGUGCCCGUUAAACUGGAUCUGCCCGUGGGCCGCAACCUGAAGGAUCACGCCAGCUUGCCCGUAAUCUUCCAGAUCGACAAGUCGACGGCCCGCAAGCCCACUGAGGAGGAGCUGGUGGAUGCCAUGUACAAUCUGUUGAUGGGUCGCCACAGCAAGCUGUUGCACCACGAGGCAACUGCCUUGACGGGCUUCAUCAAUACUACCUCCUUGCAUGGUCCCAAUCCGGACAUUCAGACAACCAAUUUCUUCAGUCUGAUGCAGAGUCCGGAGCUGCGUGGCUAUGUGAAGGCCACCGGAUUCAAUGAUCGUGUGGCCAAGAGCAUUCUGUCCGCCAACGAGAAGUCAAAUACGUAUAUCACCUACCUAUUGCACUUGAAGCCCUUCUCGGCUGGCCGACUGGAGCUGCAGAGCGCCGACUUCUUAGACGCACCCCUCAUCGAUCCGGGCUACAUGACCGAUGAUCGCGAUGUGGAGACCUACAUACGUGCCCUCAACAUCUACAAGCGGCUGCCGGAGACGCGAGCUUUCGGCGAGCGUGAGGCAGCUCUGCACAAGGUCGACUUGGAGGCCUGCAAUGCCCUGGAAUAUCAGUCGGACGAGUAUUGGCGCUGUUAUAUACGCCACAUGACCACCACUGUCUACCAUCCAGUCGGUACGGCCCGCAUGGGACCCGCCAGCGAUCCCACGGCCGUCGUCGAUCCCCGCCUCCGCGUGCAUGGUGCGCGGGGACUCCGGGUGAUCGAUGCCAGCAUUAUGCCCGAUAUUGUUGGAGCGAACACGAAUGCGGCUUGCAUUAUGAUUGGUGAGAAGGGUGCCGAUAUGAUCAAAGAGGAUUAUCUGGGUGGUGCUAGCCAGCACACGGAGCUAUAAGUCCUUUCACAACUGAACAAACGAGAGCCACAUUGCAUACUCCAUCCAAUUAGGAGAUUAUGUGGGAAUGAUCUUCCUUCUUUUUUUUUUGUAUUUGUUAGUUAGUCAAUAAAGCGAGCACGUUUAAAAAAUGUUAGCUGCGUGUAUACAUAUAUUCCGUCCAGUGCUUCUCAAACGUGAUUGCGCACAAUUGGUUUGGAGCUGCGUUAAGCUUGCAAGCUUUCAAAGCUCUGUGGGCCGUAAUAAAAGCUCACCAUACGACUGUAACUAAGAAAAUAAGAGCCAAAUAAUUGAUCUCCAGUUGCUGUCAAACUCAAAGCUGAAGAGACAUUGGAAAUUAAAGGAGGUACUCGGUGGAUCACAACACAAAAGCGACCAUUUGCUUAAUAUCUGAAUUGCUUAGGAAAUUAUAUUAACUUACUGAUGCAUCAGUUAAGAAAGUAAAAUGGAAUUCGAUUAACGAAUUUAGAGAUUUGGGAUGCAAAUUAUUCUUUGUUCAAUCAACAAAAGAUCAUGCGCUAGGCGACGAUUUUUACUCCCAAGCAACAAAACUCAACUAAGUGACUCUCAAGACCAACAAAAAUCAACGAUGCAGCGUUAGCUGCAAAGGAAACAAAAUGUGAAAUAAACACCCUGUUGAAUUCCUCCAGGUUCAGUUCCUUCCAGGUUCAGUAAUAUUGAGAAAAACUAAAACAAUAACUUCGCCUACUUUGAUGUAUACAAUCUUUCCGAUUUUGUGACCAAGGCACAAAACUCGUAUUUUACAAAUCAAAGUAUGCGAUGUUUUAAUUUGAGGCUGGGCAGUCUAGCACAAAUUGUAAAUUCGUCAUUCAGUUGUCCAGCUUGGCAGUGCUCACAUCUAAAAUAAAAUUCUCAGUUUUUCCAAAUUCCAAAUUAAGAAACAAAAUAAAAACCGGACUUUUGGCUACAUUUGUCUAAAAUAAAAGAGGAAAUAUAUAUAUAAAAAAAAGUGUUGCUAAAAACAAGCAAUGGGUGAGGGUGCCUGUAGAGAACUAAACAAAUUCUGAAUUUUAUAUUGUUGGGUAACAGUAAUAACAUUUUAUACGACCAACGACGAAAGCUUGCUAAUUUUCUUGUUGUGCAUUUCGCCUUAAAGGCCUUGAAGGCUCGUUAGAUAAAGAAGAAUAACAUAAAUUCGCUGGAAUUAUGGACCAUCGUUAACAAAUAGAUGUAAAUUUGUUUUUGGAGCAAGGUCCGAGGAUGUAGAGAUCCUUGUGUUUGCUCAUACACUUGAAUCGCGAACUCUGAACGUUGGUAUAUCGGAAUCGCUAUAUUAUAUUAUUGAGGCAUGGAGGCUGUCAUUAAUUUAUUUUCAUUUUAUGCUUCCAUAUCCUACACCGACGUUGACAGGUCUGCUGUAUAUUCAACAUGACACAAAAUACCAAAAUGAAGCAUUUUUGAACGGGGUGCAAGGUCCGAGGAUAUCAUAUCCUUGUGUUUGCCUCCGAGUAGUAGUAGUGGAGUAACAACGAAGAAAAACAAACAAAACAAGGUCCUUCUACUAGGAAACUUCCAAGCCGACUAACAUUUGAACAAGACACAAUUCUAAAUUACAGACUAGUAGCUGCAGCCUAUUUAGAAACACUGGUAUACAUUGUUUUGUAAAUUUAUACAUUCACAUGUUCUUGUGUUUACAAUUAUGCAUGCUGUCAUAUAUCCAUGUUUAUUAAAUGCACGAUAACCAAUA